AUGCCCGCUCUCAGGAGAAAGAAUGGCCGAGAGCCUGCGUGUGAGGCAUGCCGCCGGCGCAAAUUGGCCUGCGACCACGAAACCCCCGCUUGCCAGCGGUGUCGGCGAUUGUCCUUGAAAUGCGUCUAUCUCGCCAAUCCCCUCACUAAAGACAGAGCAAGAAGCCUGCCUGAGGCUGAGUCGCCGACUGCCUUGAGCAAUGAGAGCGAUGGGCCCCCAAGCACCAAGACCUGCCCUGGAGCACAGUCAACCACGCCAAUACUGGAAAGCUCAGCCGAGUACCUGGGGCCCACGAGUUUCGCAUCCGUGUUCGUGGAACAUCGGGAUCGAUUCGAAGUGGACCAAGCACUGGGGGAUCCAGGCAGCGAAGACAUCAAUCGCGUCGAGGUGCAAAGUUCCUCUCAGCCGGGGAACCUUACCAUCACACCGAGAAUGCUCCAACUGGGGAUCCAGAUCCUACAGAACCUGCCGGAUGAGCUAACUUGCAACUUGCUCUUCGUCCAUCCAAUGGCCUUAAUGGAUGCCUGCUUCCGGCCAGCUUAUCGGAUCGCUUCUGAUAAGAUGUGGGAUGAGUAUCGAGACGUGCUCCGGCUGCGAAGCAGCGAGCACCUACAAUAUGUUGCGAAGCGGUUUUCAGAGUGCAGUCUCACGCCAUUGCCGGCUGAACAGAAUCCACGCCGCUGGAUCGAGUCAUUCUCGGGAAAGAGAACGCGUUGGGAGCUGCUAGGGUCAUUGUUCACUAUUUGGUCGUCUGCGGCUUCACAGUUGCCGGUGCAACACGAUGUCAUUACUCAGUACUGUCGACAACAUGCAUUCAAGGGCCCCAAAGAACUCAUGGUGCAUUUUAAACGCUGUGCAUCCAUGUGCAUCGAGCUGUGUAGCCAGCUGGGUGCUAUCAACAUUCUCUUUGUAAAUCUGGCAUUCAAGCAUAACAUCCUUGAGAGCAUUGCCAGCGGUGAUAAGAGUCUUUCAUGUUGGCGACAACAUGGCGAUGUGAUUGCAGUCACAACAUCAGUUGGUCUUCACCGAGAAUUGUCGUCCGACUGGAAGGAGGUCUCUUUCCAGCACGAACUCAAACGACGCGUCUACGCAUCGAUUUACAAUUUCGACAAGGUUAUCUCUACCUUCACCGGAAGACCACCGCUUCUGAACAGAAAAUACUCGACAACUCAGUUGCCCCAGGAUAUUAACGACGAGGACAUAUUUUCCGACAGGAUUGGCAAUGCCGUAGCCAAGCUCAACUCCGAUGGUUGGGACAGCAGUGUGGAUCGACAACCGUAUCCAACCACAAUCCUACGAGCGCGCGCAAUGCUAGCAAGGAACCGCGAAGAGAUGCUAGAAGUAUCAGAGACUUCCCAGGAUAGCAUCACUGACGUUGCAGUACAAACAUGCCUUCAACUCAAAGGACAAGCUACAGACAUAUAUGCACAGUUUCCUGAGGUCAUCAAGUUCAAGACAGAAGACGUCCACGACCGCGACAUUCCCGGCCAGCUGCUCGCCUUGCGCGUUCUUGUGCGCCUGGACUUUCUACUCAACCUGUUCAUCCUAGAGAGACUUCUGACCCGACACAGAGUGGUCGACGAACAAGCUCUGAUCCAGGUUAGUCAUGAAAUGGUCGGAUUAACCCUAAUAUACUGGAAGCACAAGGACCGGUUCGAGAACCACGUUGAUUUUUCCUGGCUGGCUAUGUCCUACGCCGUCCCAGGCAGCGGCAUCCUCUGCCUCGAGCUUCUCCGUCAAUCCAGCUCCCCCGAAACAUACACCUUAGAUCUUCCCCGAUCGGACAUCAUCCAGAACCUCAGUGUGCUGGUCGCCUUUCUCGACUGGCUCCGGCCCUCCGAAUCUGACAUCGCAGCCAAGGCGCAAAUCAAGGGAAUAUUGCAACGCUCACUGGACCGAAUCCUCAGCAUGCCGGCAUCGCUACAAAGUCCGACGAGAGCCCUAGACGCGCUACCGGACCUUAUAGGCGCAGACCCCCAUCUCGACCUGUUGAAUACAUUCGCUUGGGUAGACUGGGACGCAGCAUUAUAG